UAUCAUCACCUGUCAAAUUACCAUAAUGACAUAAGGCGUCAAAUUCAAAAUAAUAAUUCUCAUUUUUUUUAAGUCAUGGGAGUAGAUUAUUACGGCGUUUUACAAAUAUCCCGAACAAGUACAGAUUUGGAAGUAAAAAAGGCUUAUAGAAAUUUAGCUUUGGAAUUUAACGUAGAACGAAAUCAAGAUCCGAAUGCUCAUCAAGUUUUUACAUUGAUUGGGGAGGCUUACGAUGUCCUCAGUAAUCCAUUACGCAGAGCUGUAUUUGAUCAGUAUGGCGAGGAAGGCCUUAAGAGGGGGGUGCCAACUCAAAACGAAUAUAUUCCUGGGUAUCACUAUCAUGGGGAUCCUAUGAAAACUUAUAGGGAGUUUUUUGGAACUUGCUCCCCAUAUGCCGAUCUGCUAGACGUUCUAAAAGAUCCUCCGAGAUUGUGUAAAACUGUAACUGGAAUUCAAGUGUGUAAAAAACAGCCUCCUAUAAAACACCCCCUUCAACUCACAUUACACGAGGUAUUUUUUGGAGGUGUCAAGAAAAUGAAGAUCCAUAGACUUGUGUUUGUAAAUGACGAAAGGACUGUAACUGAAGUGAGAGAGAAAAUUUUAACUAUACCAAUAAAACCAGGAAUGCAAGCCGGAACGGAAAUUAUAUUUCCAAAUGAAGGAGACCAAAAUCCCGCAAGUAUUCCUGCUGAUGUAAUAUUUAUAACUGAAGAUAGACCUCACGAGCUGUUCGUCAGACGAAACGACGAUCUUAUCUUGACAACAACUAUUUCUUUGGAAGAUGCCCUAGUAGGAACAGUAGUGACUGUCCACACCAUUGAUCACAGAAUAAUGAGGAUUCCGAUUACUGAUGUAGUCAACCCGGAUUUUGAAAAAGUCGUUGAAAGAGAAGGUCUCCCGAUACUGGAUCAGUAUCCAGAAAAGGGCAACUUGAUUUUAAGAUUUCAUAUUGAAUUUCCAACAUAUUUACCCAGAAGUUGUAAGGAUAUAUUAAAAUCUGCAUUUGAGCUCGCCAAAAUGGGAGGGGGAGAGAAAAAUUAUCACGAAUCUAUUAACAAAAUUGUGUUGGCUGAUAAAAUAUUGAGAGUAGUACCGGAGGAACAAUUACCUCCUUUAAAACAAGGCUAAUGUUAGAUGGUUUGGCCUUGGUUACCAUAAGGUUUAUAAUAGACUUGUAAUAAAAACAGUUUUAGUUAAUAAUAAAAAUACUUUUAAAGGUUAAA